AUGAGUGCACUUGGAGUUUCAACCUUGAGGCAAUAUGAGGAGUACCUUGGACUACCAGCCAUGGUGGGUAGAAAUAAAAGAGCUAGCUUUGAUGACUUGAAGCAAAGAGUGUGGAAGAAAUUACAAGGGUGGGAGGGGAAGUUAUUUUCUCAAGCUGGAAGAGAAGUUCUUAUCAAAGCAGUAAUACAAGCAAUUCCUACUUGCAUCAUGAGUUGCUUCAAACUCCCAACCAUGUUGUGCCAUGACAUUGAGUCUCUUGUUCACAAGUUUUGGCGGGGACAAAGGGGAGAUAGGAGGAAAGUGCAUUGGGUAAAAUGGGAUGACUUGUGCCAACAUAAAACUCAAGGAGGAUUGGGGUUCAAAGAUCUUGUGAUGUUUAAUGAGGCUAUGUUAGCCAAAUUAGCUUGGCGGUUGCUGCAUGAUGAUAACUCACUCUUUUAUAGAGUCUUCAAGACUAGACUUUUUCCAAAUGGGACUAUUCUUGAGGCUAAAGAAGCCCCAUCUGCUUCGUAUGCUUGGAAAAGUAAUUUGGAGCUCAGAAUAGCCAUGUAUAUCGGGUAUGCAAGGGAGUAG